UUAGUUCGAUUUACACCUUCUAAUAUAAAAAUGGACGCUUUUUUGGAAGAGGCUAGAAGAGUUACUGGGUUCACCGAAUGGACCGAAAUAGAGGGCAACUGGGUAAUCCAGUUGCGGUUGGACGACCUAGCCGAGGAAGGGAAGGUGCUUGUUAGAAGAAAGAAAUUAGUCACUACAGGAAAAAUAAGUGCAAGUGAAGGAAGCCUCUCCGCUUCCUAUAGGGCCAGGCACUUGAAAACUUGGAAGUGUUCGCUCCCUGAUAAUGUGGCAGCCAUCAGAGAAAUAAAAAAAAAAUGGAAUGAUGGCGGCUACUUGACCAUCACAAUUAUUGUUUAAUACUUAGAUUUAGGAUUUUUAUUUUUAUAUAAAAAACUACAUUUAAAAAAAAACUAUAUUCUAAAUCAAUACCAUAAAAAUAUAUUUUUAACAAAACUACCUACAUUAUAAAAAAGUAACAAGGUACAUUAAUAUUUAACAUUAUAUGACGAUGUCUUGGACUCUGAAAAUAAUAAAUUUACUUAUUAAAUAAACGCUUGUAUGGUAACCAUGUAUACUUACCCUUGGAUUUAUAGUCAACUUCUUUUGUUACUUCUCUCUUCACU